GCCUCAUCAUAAUCAUUGCUUUCAUGUGUAUCUUCUUAAGAUUAAUGAGCAGGAAGAAGAAGCAAAUGACAUCCACAAAUAUUAAAAGUAAUAAAAGAUUGAUCCUUGGCUUGCAUUAUUAACUUUUGUUUUUAACUCUCUCUCUCUAUCUCUCUACUAGCUGAAAACAUGGAGAUUGACAACAUUGAAUCUUUAAAAUACAACUUUAGUACUUUGAGAGGAGCUACAAAUAACUUUUCGGAAGACAAUAAGCUCGGACAAGGUGGAUUUGGAGCGGUUUACAAGGGUAAGUUUGGAGAUGGGUGUGAAAUAGCAGUUAAGAGGUUGUCUACGGAUUCCAGGCAAGGUGACAUUGAAUUCAAGAAUGAGGUUUUGCUGGUCGCAAAACUUCAACAUCGUAAUUUGGUUAGACUUCUUGGUUUUAGCUUAGAAGGGAGCGAACGACUUCUCAUUUAUGAGUUCUUGCACAAUGAAAGUCUUGAUAAAUUUAUAUUUGAUCCAAUUAAACGCACACUUCUCAAUUGGCAAAAGCGAUUCACCAUCAUCAAAGGCAUAGCAAAGGGACUUUUAUACCUUCAUGAAGACUCCCGCCUAAGGAUAAUUCAUCGUGAUAUGAAAGCUAGUAAUGUUUUAUUAGAUGUAGAAAUGAACCCUAAAAUUGCAGAUUUUGGCAUGGCGAGAUUGUUUAAUCCCGAGGAAACUCAAGGCAAUACAAGUCGAAUUGUCGGAACCUAUGGCUAUAUGGCACCAGAAUAUGCAAGGUAUGGUCAUUUCUCAGUAAAAUCAGAUGUGUAUAGUUUUGGAGUGUUAGUAUUGGAGAUGACAACAGGUCAAAAGAACCAAUGUUUUCGUAACGGAGAGAACAUAGAACACCUUCUUAGCUUUGCAUGGAAAAGUUGGCGGAAUAAUACAACAACAAACAUGAUAGAUCCCAUACUGAAGAUGGGAACUGACUCAUUGAGCAACAUCACUAGAUGUAUUCACAUUGGGUUAUUAUGUGUUCAAGAAAAUGUCAGUGAUAGACCAACCAUGUCACUGGUUGUUCUUAUGUUUAAUAGCCCUUCUCUCUCGCUUCCAGUACCAUCUAAGCCUGCGUUUUUUAGCUUUGAUCCUGAAUAUAGUUCAUCAACCAAAAGUAUUCGUUCGAAACAAAGAUCAUCCCAUAGUUCUUUAAACGAUGUUUCAAUAUCAGAAAUAGUUCCAAGAUAAGUGUGCCUGGUUAAUGUG